UGCCCCGCAGCCUGAGGAGGAGGACACAAGACUCUGCUGCAUUUUUUCCCCUCUGUCCUCCUGAGCAGCCGGAUCAAGGAUUCUUGUGGAUUACAGCAGGAGCUGAGCUUGUGGCGUCUGCCCCCCGGAUAUACCGCAGCGCCGGCUCCAGCACUCGUUACAUUGUAUCCCUGGAUCUACAGCGUGGGGCCCCUGAUUGAGCCUUGGGCUGACACUAGUAAUCGGGCAUGCUGGGGCACCUCCGCGGGCACCUAUGGUGUGUGUGCCCCCAGUGAAGGAUCUCCCUCCGCUUUGCAGGAUCUCUACCCCCCUCUAAGACUGGCGUAUGUUCCAGAUCGCCUUGGCUACUGCUCGGACCUCCAGUCCCCCCCGGGCUGCUGCUGCUUGUCUCUGUCCUCCGGCCUCGGAUCCAGGAUCCUUCAUGAUUUGCGGGCGUCAUGCACGUUUUUUAGCCGGGAAGCCUUGCUCUCGUCCCGCAUGUUCAGGACCAAAAGAUCGGUGCUCGUCCGGCGACUCUGGAGGAGUCGAGCUACUCCCGGGGAGACGGGGGAAGGAGACGGGGAGAGCAGGGCGCAUGGGGCCGGGGGCUGCUGCAUGGGCAAGACCGGCAAGGUGUCCAAGGCGCAGCUGGGGGGGUCUGAGGCUGAACUGAAGGCGCUCACCCACUCUCUGCUUAAGAGGCUGAAGGAGAGGCAGCUGGAGGGACUGCUGCAGGCGGUGGAGUCCAAGGGGGGAACCCGCAGCCCCUGCCUCCUGCUGCCCUCUGCCAAGCUGGACUCCAGGCUGGGACAGCACCCCUUCUCCCUGCCCCUGCUGCUCUGCAAGCUCUUCAGGUGGCCGGAUCUCAGGCACUCGGCCGAGGUCAAGAGGCUCAGCUGCUGCGACUCCUAUGGCAAGAACAACCCGGAGCUGGUGUGCUGUAACCCGCAUCACCUCAGCAGGCUCUGCGAGCUAGAGUCCCCCCCACCUCCCUACUCCAGAUACCCAAUGGAGAUUCUCAAGCCUUGUGCGGAUCCUACAGACUGUGUGCCUUCCUCCACUGAGACAGGGGGAACUAAUUACCUGGCCCCUGAGGGGCUUUCAGAUUCCCAACUUCUCCAGGAGUCUGGGGACCCGUCCCAUUGGUGCGUGGUUGCAUACUGGGAAGAAAAGACACGGGUGGGUCGAUUAUAUUCUGUCCAAGAACCUUCCCUGGAUAUCUUUUAUGACCUACCUCAAGGGAAUGGCUUCUGUAUUGGGCAACUAAACUCGGACAACAAAAGUCAGCUGGUGCAAAAAGUACGCAGCAAGAUUGGAUAUGGGAUCCAGCUGACCAAAGAAGUGGAUGGCGUUUGGGUUUAUAAUCGCAGCAGUUAUCCGAUCUUCAUCAAGUCGGCCACACUGGACAACCCUGACUCUAGGACGUUGCUGGUCCAUAAAGUGUUCCCCGGAUUCUCCAUCAAAGCUUUUGACUAUGAGAAGGCUUACAGUUUGCAAAGGCCUAAUGACCACGAGUUUAUGCAACAGCCGUGGACUGGAUUUACUGUACAGAUAAGCUUUGUGAAAGGCUGGGGACAGUGCUACACGAGACAGUUUAUCAGCAGCUGCCCCUGCUGGUUGGAGGUGAUAUUUAAUAACCGAUGACUUGGAAACAAGUGGACUUUAGGACUCUAUGACUACAUGCUGCUAAUAUUUCCUUCCGAGUGCUUGCUUCUUUGUGCAAAAUGUUUGUGUUUGUUUUUUCACGUUUUUUUUUUGUUUUUGUUUGUUUGUUUUUUAUUUUGAGAAAUAGCUUAUGUCAAUUUUUUUUAAAUUUUUUUUUUUUGGGGGGUGGGAGGGGUCCUUUAAAUAUUAUUCUUAUAAGUGUGAAUGAUUGCAGAGAAAGCUGGGGAAGGGGGAGCGAUGAAUGGGAAAUCCCUCAUAAGAUCCUAAUCCUCUCUCACAGCAACAUAUUUGAUGAAUGCGAGGGAUGGGAGUAAAUCAGUAUUUAUUUUUUUAUGUAAAGUCGACCCCCAUCCCGCCAUUAUUCUUCUUCCUGACGUCUGGGUACAGAAAGGCGAACAGCCGUAAUAUGUGAUAAGCAAUCGGGCUUGUAGAGCAUGCUUAAUGUAUGUUUGACACUUGGAGAAUCAACCACUUUGUCCCGGGUCAACUUUUUGGAUGGUCCGACUCAUUGACUUGCUCUAGGAAUUCAUAACUCAAGCUCUUGGUGGCUUCCAAAAGUCAAGGCAGCCCAAGACAUUGUUUUCCUUCGGGCCAAUUUAUUGAGCCACUCAACUAUAUAAUCCAUGCAGGAGCUGCCAAGAGUCUGAGUUGGCAUUCUCCAAAGGGGCCUUCACAAUGAAGGACGGCCAUCUUUCACCGGUAGAACCUUGCUGAUUGCAGAUGUUCAGUUCGAAGAGUACGAUAUGUGCUUGAGUCUGGAGUGCAGUGACUAUGCUUUAUUUGAUAAAGACCAAAUAAAAAUAAAAAAAAACUGCCAACCUACCGACAGCCCCUCCCCCCAACUGCCCUUCCCCCAUGAUGACGUCAUCAAACACUUUACUUUUAUUUUUUUGGCAGCGCAUUAGGCUUGUUGUUUUAAAUAAGCCGAUGCAGGAUAAAGCUGCUGCUUUUUCUUCUUCUCCUAAAUCCACGGUCAUAUUUAUCACCUUUUCUUGUAUAUGUAUAUCUAAAGCGGUUGUAUACAUAUAGAAGAGUUCUAUCCUUUCAGCAGUUCUGUGGACGCUGACAGGGCCGCAAUGGUCAAUCAUUUAUUUAUACUAUAGGGAAUAAGAAGCGAAUAGUUUGUGCAGCGUUGUAUGGUUAAACUUUAUUAAAGUAGUUGUCCAGGAUUAGAAAAAAACAUGGCAGCUUUAUUGGAUUGAGUGGCGCUGAGCCGCAAUACUACGCAUAGCCUGUGGCGCCGUUUUUGGAAGAGAGCGGCCCAUGGAUUUCUAAUCCUGUACGACCCAUGCAAUAUCCCUGAAGGCCCAUUUUACAUACAACCUUUUGUGUUUUUUGUUUUGUUUUUAGACUGGGGACAGUCAACUUUCAAAAAAUGUAGAAAAAAAAAAGUUGACAACUGUCCCGCUCUUUAGGCAGCCAUUUUUUUUAGCAUGUUUUUGGCCUAGAAAUAGGGAAUCUGUGUCUCCAAAAACUGUCUAAAAACAACCAAUCACCGCCCAGAUUUUCAAUUCGUAUUCUGCUGUUGAAAAGUGAAAGCCGAGCUGUGAUUGGUUGCUGUGGGACAGUUUCAUAAAUCGCCAGUGAGCGAUCCCUGCUGGUCCCAUACUAAUGGUUUAAUGCUACAAAGUGCUGCACAGUCUAUCGACUCUUACCGCGGACCAGCCUACCGCACACGGCAAGCCAUAUUGUGGCCUGCGCCGAAAGUUUUUAGACAGAGGCCUAUCUUUUCACCAGAUAAUAAACCAUGUAAUAGCGCCCAAUUCUGGUGAACGGAUAGGCUGUAUUGCUGCCCACAAAAUGGCCGCCUCUGCGCGUGCGGCGCUCUGGUCUGCUUCCAACACAUCGGUUAGGGAUUCUACAGAAUAGAUUUCUGUAACGUACAGUAUUUACUAUAUAUUUUCCUCCUUCUAAGGUACAAGUUAUGCACAGAGGACGUUCAUUUUUUUUUUUCUAUGUGUCGUACGUGACGUAUGAUGCGUUGUCAUUAGUUAUGGCUCAAUGAGCACGAUUUAACAUAAGCUAUUUUUCUAAAAACCGAAGUUUAAAUGAACAAGAGUAGGCACUCUUUGGAUCUUAAAGCAAUGUAGUGCUUUGGAAGAAAAAAAAAAAAAAAAAAGAACUGAAAAAAUGGACUCCUUUAAAAAAAAAAAAAAAAAAAA